AUGUCACCUAGUGAUACUAUUACACCAAUGGUAGAUACUGGAUAUCCAACUCAAGUCACUAAUUGCUAUUUAUUUAAUACUCAAAUGUAUAUGUACAAUACUGUGGAAUCGACAAUUUGGAAAUUUAUUGAAAUCGACAAUUUGGAAUAUCUAUUGAAAUCGACAAUUUAG